AUGGCUUGGGUAGAACGAAUGAUACCAUCUGAACAAGAUGAACAAUUUGAAAGCUGGAGAAAAGAAUUUCAACAAGAACGUUUAUUACGUAUUGUUCGUGAACGUGAAAUUAUGAAAGAAACAGCUAAACGAUGCAAAUCAUAUCAAGCACGUGAACAAGAAGCUAAUGAAGCAAUUGAACGAAAACGUCAAGCUAUUUUAGCACAACGUAAAGCAGCAACUGUACAAGCAACAAUGAGAUUUCAACGUAAUUUACCAGGAUUUACUGUGAUGGAUCCAGAUAAAUUUGAUCGAGCCAUAGAAACUAUAACCGGUCGUCAGUUAUCGAAUCGAUCUACACCAAGACGAGUAACAACACAACAACACCAGCAACAACAACGACCGAAAUCAAAUAUAACAUUUCGACGAUCAAUUUCAAUGGAAGAAUUAGGAUCACAACAAUAUCAACAACAACAAAUCACUAAUCCUUAUAAAACUGAACAAAGACAUCAAACGAUUUUAGCUCGAACAAAUUCUGUUACACAUAUACCACAACAUACUAAUCAAGUACAAUAUACAUCACCAUUACAAGAAGUUCAACGUCGUGUUUUAAAUGAUUUUGCUGCUCAAGUACAAUCUACUAUUAAUCAACAACAGCAGCAGCAACAGCAACAAUUCGAUGAAACAAAUACAUGGGAUCGUGAAAGUAUUGAUAGUCUAGAAGAAUCAAAUAGUUAUCAACCACAACAAAUUAUAUCUUCACAUAAUAUUAGUGGUCCUAUUGUUCGGCCAACUCAAAUUAUCAAUAUUCAAACAAAACAAACUCAGCAGCCUUCAACUGUAAAUAAUUCAGCUUUUAAAACUAUGACAAUUGAUGAUCAACAAGAAAUAUUACGUCGAAGUUAUCAUGAAAGUUUUUUUGUUAAAAAUACACCUGUAACUGGUAAUGAACAAGUUAAUGCAUGGUUAGGUGCUGGUAAAAUAUCAUUACUACAAAAUAAACAUACUGAUAUUAUUGAUAAACCUUCAUCACUUGAUGGAACAGAUUCAGAAAUCAAUGGAAGAAGAAAAAGUAUACUUAAACGAUCACCUUCUGUUGAUAGUAAUAGUAAAAAUUCAGUUAAGAAUACAAAACAAAUCGUACCACCAAAAAAACCAAUUGCUCCACAAACACGAACAAUUGGAGAAAAAUCACGUGUGAAAGAUAGUUUAGAUGUGAUCAAUACAAAAUUAUUGAAGGAAAUAGAAAUACAAAAAAAAACAGUUCGAUUUGCAUCAGAUACUGAUAGUGAACGAUGUGCAUCAGAUACUCGACUUGUUAAACAAUCUGAUCGUGAUAAUGAACAACAAACGCCUUUACGUCGUAUACAAUCAGCUGCAAUUUUAACACUACCUAAUCGUCCUCCUAUAAAGUAA